AUGGGCGCCGUGCAAUUGCCGCCAGUGACUGUCUGGAGCCAACAAACGGGCUUGCAGGCAGACCUGCGCACAUCGCUGCGGUUCUGCGACACUUCACCAGGAACUGCUACCAUAUCUUGCGCAGACGACAUCAUCAGGUUGCGCAGAGAAGACAAGCUCUGGAUUCUGCCGGCAACUCCCUGUCGAAUGCGCAUCUCGAUUCAAUUGCUUGGUCGCGUCUCUGGCCAGAGUCUCGACAUGGGGCAAGUGGCGAGGUGGAUUGAAAGCUGCAAUAUUUGGGAACGUCUAAAAUUGCGAGUACGGUAUUGCGAAGUACCUGGGGACUCGGCGCUUAGCUUCUCUCUGCAGCACCCGGACGUGUCGGCGUCUCUGAGCUGCCCGCCGACGGCAGCGAAACGAGAGCUCCAGGAUCUCCGCUGUCAAGUUGAAAUAACACAGACACCGAAUACACGACAUCUGAAAAAGAGAAAGCGCGCCAAUAUGAAUGAGUUGAGAGACGAGACUGGCCAUCAAGCGGCUGAACCCUUGCGGACGAGCCAUCUAAAUCGGCAUCAAUCUCGCGAACUCCUUACGAUGACAAAUUAUGUACAUAACAGAGACUUCUAUAACAUCUUGCAGGCUGCAAUAACGGUUCUUGUCUCUGGCUCAGCUAGGCAUUUGACAGAUAUGACUGUUAGGCAAGGCAACACAGCACACGCCCUGGCCAGGCUUGUUCCAGCAGUCUUCAAUGUGCCUUAUAUCAAGGUUAUUUCAGACCGAGCUCAGCACAUGUCAACCAUUACCGGCGCACUGACUGCCAUGCAAACCACUGUCCAAUCGCCGGCCUUGAAGCGGAAACUCUGGAAUCUCGCUGACCGCGGAGGUAUCGAAAAACACCUGUGGCAUUCUAUCAUCUCCCAAGUGAACCCACCAAGCUUGCCUGGGCCAAAAAUGAGGACUAUCGGACAAGAUGAAGUUGGGGCGGUGCGCGAUGCGGGACCUGAGCAUGGUUUGGGGUCGAACUUGAUAUGCUUUGGAGAGGACCUCUUGUCCCCGAAUUUUCAGGACGGCAUAGACGAAAGCUUUGAAAUGUAG